AUUUAAUCACAGUUAAUUAAGCAAACUUGUGUGAAGAACAACGUGUAAACUUGAUCACGCACUUGUAUAUUGUGUAAAAUGACGUUCCCGAUAAUUGCAAUUAUCGCAGCUUAAUUAUCAGCCAGCACGUUUUUGAUAUAAAAGUGCUGAAACACGUUACCUUGAUGGACAGACAACUUUCGGCAUCGAGUGUAAAAAGUAUUCUCACUGAUCAAAUAAGUAAAAAAACCUUCACACCGAUUAAUGUGACUAUCGAAUAUGAAGAGUUUUAUUCUAGUUUUACUAUUCCAAUUUGUGACUCUAAUCGUAGUUAGCCAACCAGUGAGCAGAUUAGAUGACGUUGAUGCCACAGAUAUCACAAAUUACGAGGCACACAGAUAUCCCAGGACUUUAAAAUCUAAGCAUCCACCAUGCAGGAUCAACCAAUAUUUCGACGUAGACAAAGGCAUCUGUAUGGGUGUAAUCGGUGGCGGAAAAGCGCUUUAUGUAAAUAACAAAAAAUCUUGCGGGUCGAAUGUAUUAAAACCACACUGCACAAAUCCAAGAUACUACUACAUUUGCAGACAGAACAAAACCAUUUUGGCCCAGUGUCCCCAAAACAGACAUUUCGAAAGCCAUCUACAAAAAUGUAUCUUGGUACCUCGUGAGAAGCAUAUUUCUGCUACCAACGGACAAAAUUCCGAUUUUGAUUCUGUUCAACAUCUCGAAUGCCUAAAAACCGGGUCAUUUCCGGUUCCAGAUAACUGUGGUUUGUUUUAUACUUGCUCGAUGCAUGGUAAUAAAAUAAAUCAAAAUUUCUACACGUGUCCAAAAAAUAUGGCUUAUGACACAGAAACUGAAAUGUGUAAGCCAUCCAGUACUUGUCGUGAACCAGAAUCAUUACCCUCGUGUAGAAAUCAUCCAUGGGAUGGAAAGAAAGAAAAUAUGACAUUAAAGGAAGCUGAUAAAUUUCCGAUAAAGGGAAGAUCGGAAACUUGUGAAACGAUAUUUACGAAUGAAGAAGACACUACGACUAAUUCAACGUCUGAGAAUAAUGAUGAAAUUAUGUCAAUAACUACUUCUUACACCAAACCAUUCGUAUCUGAACUCACGCGAUCAGGUGACAGUAACGAUAUUGUAACGACGACGGAACGUGCUUUAGAAAAGUCACGUUUUACAAACACUGGAGAUUUCGCGAUACCUAUAACUGCCACGUAUUCAACAAUGGCAGUAGAGAACACGUAUCCGACUGAAUUUAAUUUGCCCAUCGAAGUAAAUGGGAAUAAAGAAUUAGGAUCCACGACUGUAGCAGGACCAUUUGAAAAUGGUCAUACGAGAAUUAUAACGGAUGAUCCUGAGGAGCAAUCACCUGAUGACCAAGAUAGAACUGCACCAACAAUUUUAGAUGAUCCAUCAAUGUUAGAAAACACAGAGAAAGAAAAUAUACCUGGUUCUCAGAAUCCUAGAUUCGGGAAACAAUAUAGUACUACAGAAGAAUUCAACAAAGAGCCAAUGUCUGGAAUCAGAAACAUCGACACUGAACCAAUAACUUCAGCCGAUCCUACAAGCAUCAGAAGUAACGAACCGAUUACAAACCUAGAUUCAAACAAACCGCCCUUGGAAAUUCCUAUUAAUGAUCCUACAUUACAAAACCAACAUAGUACAACAAAAGAAUUUAACGAAGAAUCAUUCAAUGGAGCAGAAAACACUCUACCAAUAAUUACAGAGGAUGUUACAGCUCCUAGUCGACCAGAGGAACAACCAAUUGCAGAAAUAAUUCCAACUGAAUCACCCGUACAAAUACCUAUUGAAGAACCUAAUUUAGAAAAUCAACAUAGUAUACAAGAAGAAUCCAGCGAAAAACCAAUUACUAAAAAUGAAAGCAUGAACAUUGCGCCAACAAUUUCAGAAGAUCCUACAACCCUUAAUAAUGUAGAAGCCAAAGAAGAACCGGCUACAGCAAUAAUUCCACUUGAACCACCCGUGCAAAUUCCUAUUUCUCAAGAUCCUAAUUUGGCAGAUCAAUAUAAAGCACCAAAAAAUUUGAACGAAGAAUCAACUACUGAAACUGAAAACAUUAACACUGAAGAAAUAAUUGUAGGUGAUCCAACAACUCUUAUUAAUACAGAACCGGAAGAAGAGCCGGUAACAAAAGUAGUUUUAAACGAAUUACCGGUUGUAAAUCCCACUACUGGAAACCCUCAAUUAUCGAUUCCUGAAAUUAAAAAUAUUAACAGUGAACCGACAAUUCUACCUGAUUCAACAACCUUUAUCAAUACAGAACCUCAAGAGGAACCGCCAACAAAAGUAAUUUCAGACGAAUCACCAGUUGGAAUUCCUUCUAAUGAAAAUUCUGCAUUACCUGUUACUGAAACUCAAAAUAUUAACACUGAGCCAACAAUUUUAACUGAUUCAACAACCCUUAUUAAUACGGAACCGGAAGAGGAUCCAGCAAAAGAAGUAGUUCUAAAUGAAUCGCCGGUUGUAAUUCCAACUACUGAAAAUUCUGCAUUACCUGUUACUGAAACUGAAAAUAUUAACACUGAGCCAACAAUUUUAACUGAUUCAACAACCCUUAUCAAUACAGAACCGGAAGAGGAACCGGCAACAAAAGUAAUUUCAGACGAAUCACCAGUUGGAAUUCCUUCUAAUGAAAAUUCUGCAUUACCUAUUACUGAAACUGAAAAUAUUAACACUGAGCCAACAAUUUUAAAUGAUUCAACAACCCUUAUCAACACAGAACCGGAAGAGGAACCGGCAACAAAAGUAAUUUCAGACGAAUCACCAGUUGGAAUUCCUUCUAAUGAAAAUUCUGCAUUACCUGUUACUGAAACUCAAAAUAUUAACACUGAGCCAACAAUUUUAAAUGAUUCAACAACCCUUAUCAAUACAGAACCGGAAGAGGAACCGGCAACAAAAGUAAUUUCAGACGAAUCACCAGUUGGAAUUCCUUCUAAUGAAAAUUCUGCAUUACCUGUUACUAAAACUCAAAAUAUUAACACUGAGCCAACAAUUUUAACUGAUUCAACAACCCUUAUUAAUACGGAACCGGAAGAGGGACCAGCAAAAGGAGUGGUUCUAAAUGAAUCGCCGGUUGUAAUUCCAACUACUGAAAAUUCUCAAUUACCGAGUACUGAAAUUGAAAAUAUUAACACUGAACCAACACUUCUAUCUGAUCCAGCAACCCUUAUCAAUACAGAACCUCAAGAGGAACCGGCAACAAAAGUAAUUUCAGACGAAUCACCAGUUGGAAUUCCUUCUAAUGAAAAUUCUGCAUUACCUGUUACUGAAACUCAAAAUAUUAACACUCAGCCAACAAUUUUAAAUGAUUCAACAACCCUUAUCAAUACAGAACCGGAAGAGGCACCGGCAACAAAAGUAAUUUCAGACGAAUCACCAGUUGGAAUUCCUUCUAAUGAAAAUUCUGCAUUACCUGUUACUGAAACUCAAAAUAUUAACACUGAGCCAACAAUUUUAACUGAUUCAACAACCCUUAUUAAUACGGAACCAGAAGAGGAUCCAGCAAAAGAAGUAGUUCUAAAUGAAUCACCGGUUGAAAUUCCAACUACUGAAAAUUCUCAAUUACCGAUUACUGAAAUUGAAAAUAUUAACACUGAACCAACACUUCUAUCUGAUCCAGCAACUCUUAUCAAUACAGAACCGCAAGAGGAAUCGGCAACAAACGUAAUUUCAGACGAAUCACCACUUGGAAUUCCUUCUAAUGAAAAUUCUGCAUUACCUGUUACUGAAACUGAAAAUAUUAACACUGAGCCAACAAUUUUAACUGAUUCAACAACCCUUAUCAAUACAGAACCGCAAGAGGAAUCGGCAACAAACGUAAUUUCAGACGAAUCACCACUUGGAAUUCCUUCUAAUGAAAAUUCUGCAUUACCUGUUACUGAAACUGAAAAUAUUAACACUGAGCCAACAAUUUUAACUGAUUCAACAACCCUUAUCAAUACAGAACCGGAAGAGGAACCGGCAACAAAAGUAAUUUCAGACGAAUCACCACUUGGAAUUCCUUCUAAUGAAAAUUCUGCAUUACCUGUUACUGAAACUCAAAAUAUUAACACUGAGCCAACAAUUUUAAAUGAUCCAGCAACCCUUAUCAAUACAGAACCUCAAGAGGAACCGGCAACAAAAGUAAUUUCAGACGAAUCACCACUUAGAAUUCCUUCUAAUGAAAAUUCUGCAUUACCUGUUACUGAAACUGAAAAUAUUAACACUGAGCCAACAAUUUUAAAUGAUUCAACAACCCUUAUCAAUACAGAACCGGAAGAGGAUCCAGCAAAAGAAGUAGUUCUAAAUGAAUCACCGGUUGUAAUUCCAACUACUGAAAAUUCUCAAUUACCGAUUACUGAAAUUGAAAAUAUUAACACUGAACCAACACUUCUAUCUGAUCCAGCAACCCUUAUCAAUACAGAACCGCAAGAGGAACCGGCAACAAAAGUAAUUUCAGACGAAUCACCGGUUGAAAUUCCUACUACUGAAAAUCCUGAAUUACCGAUUCCUGAAAUUGAAAAUAUUAACACUGAACCAACAGUUUUAUCUGAUUCAACAACUCUUAUUGAUACAGAACCGAAUGAAGUAACAGAAGUAAUUUUAGACAAAUCACCCGUUGGAACUUCUGUUACUGAAAAUCCUAGUUUAGAGAAAGAAUAUAGUAAUAUAUUAACCAAUUCGAUAGCUCCUGAAACUACAAAACCACAAGAACAACCAAUUACGUAUAUAAUUCCAACUGAAUCAUUCUCGAAAACAGAAGGUCCGAAGGAACCUAUUCUGGAAGUUGAACGUACUGUAACAGAAGAGUUUACUAAAGUGCCAACUAUUGGAACUGAAACUAUUGAUACUACUUCAGCUAUCUUACCUGAUGCUCUAAUAUCUAAUAUGACGGUACCUAGGGAAACAAAUACAGGAACGGAUGAAAAUGAACUAUUGUUAGAAAGAAGUAGGUCAGAAGAAUUCAUUUUACAUGAUCCAUCUACUACACCUGUCCUUAAUGGUAUAAUUACAGCUUCAAAGGAAGAUCCAGAACAUAAUAAUAAAGGAAGUGAUGAACAGAUACCCAUUGAAUAUGGAUCCGGUGAAUCAUCAAAUUACGAUUUAAAUAGAAUGAUAACCACUGAUCCAACAAGCUUAAUCAGCACAAAUGGAGAAUCUGUAUUACAAAAUGAUAGUGGAACACCUGAAAUUAAUACUGAAGGAACAUUUUUAAAUGUAAUAACCGAAAAGCCUGAUUCUAGAGCAAUGGAAAAACAUUCGAAAUCAUCUCAUAAACAUUCUCAGAUUAUAGAUAAGGACGCGUGUAAUAAUAUUGCACAGAAAGAAUCAGCAACUACACCGAAAGAUAUACACAUGCCGUCAGCGAUAUCCUAUAUCAUUGAUAAGAUUAAGCAAUGCUUGACAAAAAUUUUAAAUAUGUUACAUCACUAAGGAUUACAUAAAAUAUAUUAGUGAAUUUUUAUUUAAAAAAUUGCAUUGAUAUAUU